GCGGAGAAAUACUAAGAGCGCUUUGUGUGUGUGUGUGUGUUGGAUCGGAGAGUUCAGUGAGCAGAGAGCGCUGCUGAGAGUGUCGGUACCAUGCUGAGACUUGAAACUUACAAACUUCAUGAAAAGCCACCAAACAAAGGACGUUAGUACUGGAAUAGCUUCAGUGAGGAGUGCGCUGCAAACAUGCAGAACCACGUGACUUUACUGCUGGUGGUUCUGCUGCUCCUGUGCGGCUGCACUGGGAACCAAAGCCUCGACACUGCGCACAUCCCUCUGUUUACCCAGUCUGUUUACAAUGCUACCAUUUAUGAGAACUCUGCUGCUAAGACCUAUGUGGAAAGUCCUGUCAAAAUGGGAAUCUACAUCACAGACCCUACCUGGGAAAUACGGUACAAAAUCGUGUCAGGAGACAACGAGAACCUGUUCAAAGCUGAGGACUAUCAAUUGGGAGACUUUAGUUUUUUGCGAAUAAGGACCAAAGGAGGUAGCAGUGCCAUUCUUAACCGGGAGGUUAGAGACCACUAUAUUCUCACAGUCAAAGCCAUGGAAAAGAAUUCAAAUGCUGAGGCUCGAACACGAGUCAGGAUUCAGGUACUUGACACAAAUGACCUUCGGCCACUGUUCUCCCCGACUGCUUAUAGCAUAUCUUUACCGGAAAACACAGCUGUUCGCACAAGCGUAGCCAAGGUGAUGGCGACAGAUGCAGAUAUUGGUACAAACGGAGAGUACUACUACAGUUUCAGAGAAUGGACAGACAUGUUUUCGGUCCAUCCCACGAGUGGUGUAGUUACACUAACUGGAAAGCUGGACUACUCUGAGACAAAGCAGUAUGAAUUAGAGAUUUUAGCAGUGGACAGAGGCAUGAAGCUGUAUGGAAGCAGUGGAUUUAGCAGCAUGGCUAAGUUAACGGUACGAGUGGAGCAGGCCAAUGAGCAUGCACCGGUCAUCACUGCUGUAACCCUAGCACCCUCAGACACCGACAAGGAUCCUACUUAUGCUGUUGUGACUGUCGAAGACAAUGACCAAGGUGCUAACGGUGAGAUAGCAUCUCUCAGUGUGGUUGCGGGCGACCCUCUUCAGCAGUUUAAAGCCAUGCGGACAAGUCCAGGCAGUAAGGAAUAUAAAAUCAAAGCAGUUAAGCAGGUUGACUGGGAUAGUCAGCCCUUUGGAUACAACCUAACACUGCAAGCCAAAGACAAAGGAAGUCCACCCCAGUUUUCAUCGGCAAAGGUCAUCCAUGUCAUGUCUCCCCACUAUAAAGUAGGGCCUCCUAAAUUCAGUCAAGCUAUUUACAGAGUCAAUGUGAGUGAAUUUGCACCAUUGCACACACCUGUUGUAAUGGUAACAGCUGUGCCAAAAUAUCCUCAACUUAAGUAUGCAUUUAGACACAAAUUGGAUAAAAAUAAUUUUGCCAUUAAUGCAGAUUCAGGCUUGAUCACUACAGUUGGGCCCCUUCACGCAGACUCCUUGAACAAGUAUGAAUUAGAAGUUGUGACCAGUGAGAAAAAGGCAGUCACAAAAGUCAUUAUUGAUGUCAUCGACGUGAACAACAAUGCCCCAGAAUUCAAACAGACAUCUUACAAAGCUAGUGUUGAUGAAAAUAUGCCCAUAGGUACUAGUGUGCUAACAGUGAAAGCCACUGAUUUAGACAGUGGGGAGAAUGGAUAUGUCACUUACAGCAUUGCCAAUGUGAAUCCCCAGCCGUUUGUCAUUGACUACUUCUCUGGUGUCAUCAGCAGUUCAGAGAUUUUGGAUUAUGAACUGAUGCCAAGGAUUUACACCUUGAAAGUGCGGGCAUCAGACUGGGGUUCCCCUUUUCGACGUGAGGUGGAAACCCAGGUUACAGUCACGCUUAACAACUUGAAUGACAACAAGCCACUUUUUGAGAGUGUGGAUUGUGACAUAACUGUGCCGAGAGACCAUGGUGUUGGUGAGCAGAUCACAACGGUGUCUGCUAUUGAUGCUGAUGAGUUGCAGUUGGUGAGGUACAGAAUAAAAGCUGGGAAUGACUUGAAUUAUUUUGAUAUGAAUCCAAACUCUGGCGUACUGUCUUUGAAGCAACCUUUAAAUGAGGGCGAGGCAGCAAAAGUGUCCUAUCACAGCUUGCAGAUCAUAGCCAGUGAUGGAGAACAUGAAACUCAGCCCAUGUUUUUGAACAUUACGGUUGUUACGGCACGUAAACCGGUCCAAGUGAAAUGUGUUGAUACUGGAGUUGCCAGCAUGCUGGCAGAAAAGCUCCUGCAAGGAAGCAAGAUCCAUAGCCAAAGUGAACCCGAAGACCAUUUCCAAGACUUUCACUCUGUGAACCGCAUUGUGCCCCAGUUUGCUGAGACUUUUCCCAGUGUGAUUGAGGUCAAAGAAGACUUGCCUGUUGGGGCCAGGAUUGUUCAUCUUAGUGCCUCGGAUUCUGACAGCGGUUUUAAUGGAAAGCUGGUGUACGUUAUCUCUGGGGGUGACGCCGAGAGUCGUUUCGUCAUUGACAUGGACAGUGGAUGGCUCAAAGUGUAUGCUCCUCUUGAUAGAGAAACAACUGAUCACUAUACGUUGAACAUCACUGUGUAUGACCUUGGAAUUCCCCAGAAGUCAUCUUCACGUCUGCUGGAUGUAAAGAUCCUGGAUGCUAAUGACAACAGCCCACAGUUUUUACAGGACACAUACUCAGUGGAAAUCAGCGAGAGCACUGCGGUCGGCACAGAGAUCAUUCAAGUUGAAGCAAAAGAUAAAGAUCUUGGGGAUAAUGGUGUGGUCAGAUACUCCAUAUUGGCAGAUACAGAUCAAUUUGCUAUUGAUACGGAAACGGGGAUCGUUACGGUGAAGAAGCCUCUAGACCGAGAGGUGCAACCCAGUUUUGUACUCAAGAUAGCAGCUCGUGACCAGGCUGCUGCUGAGCCUCAACUUGUCUCAACUGUUUUGCUUAAAAUCACACUGGAGGAUGUAAAUGACAACCCUCCAAGAUUUAUUCCCCCAAAUUAUCAGGUGAGAGUACGUGAGGAUCUACCCAUCGGUACUGUUAUAAUGUGGCUGGAGGCUCAUGACCCUGAUGUUGGGCCGUCUAGCCAGGUUCGAUACAGCCUCAUUGACAAUGGGGACGGGAAGUUUGAAGUAGACAAAUUGAGUGGUGCCGUACGAAUCGUACAGAAUCUGGAUUACGAGAAAAAGCAAGUGUACAGUCUCACAGCAAGGGCAAAGGACAAAGGCAAACCGAUAUCUUUGUCCUCGAGUUGUCACAUUGAGGUAGAGGUUGUGGAUGUGAACGAGAAUCUGUACAGGCCAUUGUUCCCAUCAUUUGUGGAUAAGGGAUUUAUCAAAGAGGAUGUGCCCAUUGGAACAUCGGUGAUGAAAAUCACAGCUCAAGAUGAGGAUAAAGGAAGAGACGGUGAAAUCCGUUACUCCAUUCGGGAUGGGUCGGGUCUGGGGAUCUUUACUAUUGACGAAGAAACUGGUGUGAUCCGGACACAAGAACUGCUGGACCAUGAGACCGUACCUCACUACUGGCUCACGGUGUACGCCACUGACCGCGGUGUGGUCCCGCUGUCUUCCUUCGUGGAGGUCUACAUCGAGGUUCAGGAUGUCAACGAUAAUGCCCCACAGACCUCCGAACCUGUCUAUUAUCCAUCCGUCAUGGAGAACUCACCCAAAGACGUCUCAAUCAUCCAGAUCGAGGCGUUUGACCCGGACACGAAGUCCAGUGAAAAACUGUCCUAUAAGAUCACUAGCGGGAACCCCCAGGGCUUCUUCAGCAUCAACCCUAAGACUGGUUUGGUUACCACCACGUCUCGGAAGCUGGACAGAGAACAGCAGGAUGAACAUAUUCUGGAGAUCACAGUGUCUGAUCAGGGCAUUCCUGUGAAGUCCACUACUGUUCGAGUCAUUGUCAGAGUUCUGGAUGAGAACGACAACAAACCACAGUUUAUGGAGAAAGUCUACAAAAUCAAACUCCCAGAGCGAGAAAGGCCAGAGAAAGAACGUGCGCUCAAGAGAGAUCCUGUGUACCGCGUCAUCGCCUCAGAUCGAGACGAAGGGCCAAAUGCUGAGAUCUCCUACAGCAUCGAGGACGGAGACGAACAGGGAAAGUUCUUCAUUGAGCCCAAAACUGGCUUGGUUUCCUUUAAGAAGAUUUCUUCUGCUGGAGAUUAUGAUAUCUUAACGAUUAAAGCAGUGGAUAAUGGCCGACCCCAGAAAUCGUCCACCUGCCGUCUACACAUCGAAUGGAUCCCCAAGCCGGAGCCGAGCACAGUCCCUCUGGCAUUUGACGAGCCGUUUUACUCCUUUUCUGUCAUGGAGAGUGACCCAGUGGCACACAUGGUCGGGGUCAUCACCAUGGAUUCUGUUGACACACCGGUCUGGUUUGAAAUAACAGGUGGUAAUUCUGACAGUCGAUUUGAGGUGGGGAAGGCGAGUGGGACGGUGAUUGUGGCCCAAGCGCUGGACGCAGAGCAGAAAUCCCAUUACAACCUGACGGUGGACGCAACAGAUGGCACCAGAUCUGUCAGCACGCAGGUUCUUAUUAAAGUGAUUGAUACCAACAACCAUCGUCCUCAGUUCUCUAAGUCUAAGUAUGAAGUGAAUGUCCCUGAAGAUACCCCACCUGAAACAGAGGUGUUACGGAUUACAGCUACAGACCAGGAUGAAAAGAACAAGCUUACCUUCACCCUCCUCAGCAGCACUGACCCAUUCAGUCUACGCAAGUUCAGACUAGAUCCUGGAACAGGAGUGUUGUACACUGCAGAGAGACUAGACCAUGAAACCAUGCACCAACAUACACUAACUGUCAUGGUACGAGAUCAGGACAUUCCUGUAAAGCGAAACCUGGUGCGUGUGAUUGUGAAUGUGCAGGACACCAAUGACAAUGCACCUUGGUUCUCUGGUUCACCAUAUGUGGGCCGUGUGUUUGAAUCUGCUGCCAUCGGCUCUGCUGUGCUUCAGGUCUCUGCUCUUGACAAAGACAAAGGCCAGAAUGCUGAGAUCAUCUAUAGCAUUGAAUCAGGAAAUGUUGCCAAUUCAUUUGCCAUUGAUCCUAUCCUGGGCAUCAUCACUGUGGCAAAGGAGCUGGACCGUAGUAACAAGAACCAUUUUGAGCUAACUGUGAAAGCCUCUGACAAAGGCAUACCACCACUUAGUGCUACUGCCUCUGUUGACAUAACUGUCACUAUUUCUGACAAUGCCAUCCCUAAAUUUUCAGAGAAUGAGUUUUCUGCUGAGGUCAGCGAAACUGCUUUGCCUGGAGCCUUUGUAAGUUUGGUUAACGCCAACAGCCAAUCAUCAGUAUUCUAUCAGAUCAAAGAUGGAAAUAUGAAUGGAGCAUUUGACAUCAACCCCAACUCUGGAGUGGUUGUGACCCAUUCGGUUUUGGAUUACGAGACUAUUCCAUCAUACAAACUAACAAUUCAGGGAACCAACAUGGCCGGUCUGGCAAGUAACACUACUCUACUAAUUCACUUGAAGGAUGAGAAUGAUAAUGCACCUGUAUUCAUUCAAGAUGAGUUCACUGGAAUGGUCAGCGAGUCUUCUCCAGUCAACAGUGUAGUCCUCACCAAAGACAACAUACCACUUGUCAUCCGUGCGUUAGACACUGACCGUGAUGCUAACUCGAGGCUGGUCUAUCAGAUUGUUGAGCCAUUUGCUCAUAAUUACUUUGCCAUUGACUCUAGCACUGGUGCAGUUAGAACCAUCAGCGAAUUGGAUUAUGAGCAAAGAUCUGUGUUUCGCUUUUCUGUUCAAGUCCACGAUAUGGGAAUCCCCCGUCAUUUUGCAGAGAAGGCUGCUAAUGUGACUAUUGAGAUUCUGGACAUCAAUGAUUGCCCUCCUCAGUUCAGCCAAGAUCUAUAUGAAACCACAGUCUUAGUGCCAACUUUCAAAGGAGUGGAAGUGAUCACAGUCAAUGCCACAGAUGCUGACUCUGGUCCAAAUUCAAGGCUGUUUUACUCUAUUGUUGAAGGCAAUAUUGGAGAGAAGUUUAAAAUGGACCCAGUCACAGGGGUUAUCACUAUUCAAAAUGUCACUCAGCUUAGAAGCAGGUAUGAGCUCAGAGUGAGGGUUUCUGAUGGCAGGUUUUCUAAAACAGCUUUAGUAAAAAUAAAUGUCAGAGAGAAUAAGGAGAGUACUCUGAGGUUCACCCAAGAAUCUUAUAAGGCCUUUGUGCCAGAAAAUUCCUUAGAGAAGAAGACUUUAGCUGUAAUAGCUGCAGUGGGAAACCAAGUCAAUGAACCUUUGUUUUAUAGCAUUCUGAACCCUGAUAAAAGAUUCACAAUAAGCCGUACAUCAGGAGUACUCUCCUCUACAGGCACACCCUUUAAUCGAGAAGAGCAAGGCGUGUUUGAUAUUGUGGUCGAGGUGACCAGAGAAGACAAGUCAUCCGAUGUAGCCCAUGUCCUCGUCACUGUGAUAAUUGAGGAUGUCAAUGACAACCCACCUGUGUUUGUCAAUUUACCCUAUCAGGCACUGGUGCAGGUUGACUCUGAGGUGGGUCACGUCAUCACAAAAGUGACUGCCGUUGAUGCUGAUAUUGACAGAAAUUCCGAGAUCAACUACCAUCUCCAGGAGCCAAAUGAGUUUGUUCAGAUCAGCAUAGAUGGUGAAAUGUCACUUACAAAGAAGCUUGAGAAAGACUCCCUUAACACUGAAUUUGUAAUCACCAUUGUAGCCAGAGAUGGAGGUGAACCAGCACUUUCCUCAUCUGUUGAGGUGCCAAUAAUGGUUGUAAACAAAGCAAUGCCUGUGUUUGAGAAAGCCUUCUACAGUCUGGAGAUCCCAGAGAGCAUACAGUUACUAACACCUAUUGUACAUAUUCAGGCUAAUGACUCAGAAGGCCCUAGAAUAGUGUACACAAUCACAGAAGGGGACCCUCUCAAUCAGUUCUCCAUCAAUUUCAAUACUGGCGUCAUUCAGGUUGUAAAGCCGUUGGAUUUCGAGACCCACCCAGCCUAUAAACUUAGCGUAAGGGCCACUGACUCACUAACUGGUGCCAAAGCUGAAGUCUUUGUUGACAUAAUCUUGGAAGACGUUAAUGACAACCCACCUGUGUUCUAUACCAAAUUGUACAAUGCAAGUCUUUCAGAAGCAUCAGUGAUCGGGACGUCUGUAUUGCAAGUCUCAGCUACAGAUGCUGACACUGGUAACAACAAAGUGCUCUUUUACCAGAUUGUUGAAGAUAAAGACAAGAGCUCUUAUUACUUUAGCAUCGAUCGUGACACGGGCACAAUCUGGACAACUCAGAUGCUUGACCAUGAAGAAAAACCCUCACAUAAACUGAUAAUUAGAGCAGUAGAUGGUGGAGUGCCUGCCCUUUCCAGUGAGGUCAUAGUGUUAAUUGAUGUAACAGACCUUAACGACAACGCUCCAGUGUUCUCACAGAAAGUCUAUGAAGCUACGGUCAGUGAGCUGGCCCCCCGUGGCCACUUUGUCACCCAGGUUCAGGCUUCCGAUGCUGACAACUCAGAUAGUGGUAAACUUGAUUUCUCCAUUAUAUCAGGAAAUGAAGGGCAAAACUUUGCUAUAGAUCCAAAGACUGGGGCUAUAGUCAUAUCAAACCACCGGAAACCCCACAUGGAGUCUCUCUAUAACAUCAAUGUGUCCGUAUCAGAUGGUGUAUUCAGAAACUCAGCUAUUGUGAAGGUCAGUGUUAUUAGUGCUAACUUCCACAAUCCUACCUUCAACCAGGUGGAUUACGUGGUUGAGCUUCUUGAGAACUCACCAGUUGGAACAAUGGUGGCUGAGGCUCAAGCGACAGAUGAAGACUCUGGCACAUAUGGAAGACUCACCUACCAUAUAGUCAAUGACAUUGCUAAAGACAAGUUCUCAAUCUCUGAGAAUGGAGAGAUUUUUACUUUGGAGAGUCUUGACAGAGAGAACACAUUGGAGAAAGUGAUUCCAAUUUCUUUAAUUGCUAAAGAUGGUGGUGGCAAAGUUGGCUUCUGCACUGUAAAUGUGAUCUUAACGGAUAUCAAUGAUAAUGCUCCACAGUUCAGAGCUACUGAUUACAGAGUUAAUGUUGUUUCUGACGUGCCAAGAGGAACAACCAUACUUAAGAUUGCAGCGUCCGACAUGGAUGAAGGUAGUAAUGCAGACAUCACCUAUUCUAUUGAAGCGGACACAGAUAAUGUUGAGGAGAAUUUUGAAAUCCACCAGUUCAGUGGUGUCAUUGUAACAAAGGAAAGCCUCAUUGGAUUGGAGAACCAGCAAUACACGUUUCUUGUGCGAGCAAAAGAUGGUGGAAAUCCUACCAAGUCCUCUGUUGUUCCCGUCUAUGUCAGGAUUCUUGCUCCCGAGGUCCCAGUGCCAAAGUUCAUAGAGUCCCACUACAGAUUUGCCAUAGAUGAAGAUCUUCCUCUUGGUUCAGAAAUAGAUGUCAUUCAGGUCGAAAGUGAUCAGCCAAUCUUUUACAGCCUGGUGAAAGGGAAUACUCCUGAGAGCAACCAGGAUGAGGUAUUUGUGGUUGACCCCAACUCAGGAUCUUUGAAGCUAGAGAAGAAUCUUGACCACGAGAGCACCAAAUGGUAUCAGCUAACCCUACAAGCACAAAGCGAAUAUGAUGGUAGUAAAGUUGUCUCCGCUGUGGAUAUUAGUAUCCAGGUCAAAGAUGUCAAUGACAAUCGACCGCUCUUUGAAUCAAACCCUUAUGAAGCUUUCGUUGUGGAGAAUCUCCCAGGUGGCACUUCUGUUAUACAGGUAAAGGCCACAGACCUGGACUCAGGCACUAAUGGCCAUGUGGUUUACAAUCUCGAUCCCAACCAAGAGACAAGGGACAUCGCAGAAUUGUUUGCCAUCAACAGUGAAACUGGAUGGAUUACCACAUUAAAGGAACUUGACCGUGAGAAGACAAAUAAGUACACUGUUUCAGUCUUAGCCACCGACCGUGGAGACAAAGAACAGAUGAUGGCCAGUACCAAGGUGGAUGUCACAGUGGUAGAUGUGAAUGACAACCCACCAAAGUUCACAGCAGAGAUCUAUAAGGGCACAGUAAGCGAAGAUGACCCACCUGGUGGGGUCAUUGCCAUUCUUAGCACUACAGACCUGGACACAGAGGACAAUAAUAAGCAAAUCAGCUACUUUAUCACAGGUGGAGACCCCUUGGGGCAGUUUGGUAUUGAGUAUACUCAAGGUGAGUGGAAGGUCUCGGUGCGGAAACCUCUCGACAGGGAGGAGAGGGACAAUUACUUGCUGAACAUUACGGCCACUGACGGGACCUUCACAGCCAAGGCUAUAGUUGAAGUCAAGGUCUUGGAUGCCAAUGACAACAGCCCAAUUUGUGAGAAGUCAUUUUAUAUGGAAAGCGUCCCAGAGGACUCCCCUGCCGGUAGGCUGAUCCUGCAGGUCUCCGCCACAGAUGCCGACAUACGUUCCAAUGCACAAAUCUCCUACGAGCUGCUAGGGCCAGGAUCAGAGCACUUUAGCAUAGACUCUGAGACAGGUGAAUUGAAAACACUUCUCCCUCUGGAUCGCGAGGAAGUGGAAGUGCACAAGAUGAAGGUGCGUGCUCUGGAUGGAGGCGGGCGCUUUUGUGAAGCGGAAGUUGAAAUCACAGUCGAAGAUGUCAAUGACAAUGCUCCACAGUUUACCUCUGACCCCUACACCUUCACCGUGUUUGAGAACACAGAGAUAAACACACCCGUAGCUCGCCUGUAUGCUUCAGACCUGGACACAGGUUCUAAUGCAGAGAUCCUCUAUUCACUGCUGGACUCUGCUGAUGGUGUGUUCUCCAUCGAUGAGGAGACAGGCGUCGUACGGCUCGAUCGUCCGCUGGACCGUGAGCUCCAGUCGCUCUACACCCUCCGUGCCCGCGCCACCGACCGUGGUUCCCCGCGCCAUCUCUCCUCUCUCACAAUCGUCAAUGUUUCCAUCUUGGAUAUUAACGACAACCCUCCAGUCUUUGAGCGCCGCGAGUACACUGCCACCAUUGCUGAAGACAUCCCGGUGGGCAGCCAGGUGUUGCGGGUACACGCAGCCAGCCGAGACACAGAAGCAGGCGCAGAGAUUACAUACUCCAUUAUCAAUGGAAACGAGAGAGGAGCGUUCCGCAUCGACCCCCAUACAGGCGGUGUCUUUGUUAUCGAACCUUUGGACUACGAAACAGCGCAUGAGUUUUAUCUAACAGUGGAGGCUACAGAUGGAGGCACACCAUCACUCAGCGACAUGGCCACAGUGAACAUCAACCUGACUGAUGUAAACGACAACAGCCCAAUUUUCAACCAAGACAUCUACUCAGCUGUGAUCAGUGAAGACGCAGAACUGGGAAAGACUGUGCUCACUGUCAUGGCAGAUGAUGCAGAUGGUCCAUCCAGUAAUCAGGUGCGCUUUUCCAUCAUUGAUGGCAAUCAAGGCAGUCCUUUCACCAUCGACCCCGUCAGAGGAGAGGUCAAGGUGGCUCGGCAGCUCGACAGAGAGAAGACUUCAGGUUACACGCUGACUGUGUUGGCCUCUGACAACGGAAGCCCGGCUCGAUCCAGCACCGCUACGGUCAAUGUAGACGUCUCAGACAUAAACGAUAACCCACCUCUCUUCUCUCAGGCCAACUACAGCAUCAUUAUACAGGAGAACCAGCCAGUCGGUACCAGUGUUCUCCAGCUUACUGUGUCUGACCGUGAUGCCUCCCACAAUGGACCUCCUUUCACAUUUGCAAUCAUCAGUGGGAAUGAGGGCAACGCUUUCCACAUCACUCCUCAGGGUGUCCUGGUCUCCACAGAAAUGCUGAGCCGCCAGACCCAAGAGUUCUACCUCCUACAGGCCCAGGUGACGGACAGCGGUCGACCACCGUUGGUCUCCACAGCGUUUGUGAGUGUUCGUUUGAUUGAAGAAAGCAUCUACCCUCCUGUCAUUCUUCCCCUGGACAUCUUUAUCACCACUGCAACAGACGAAUAUUCAGGUGGGGUCCUGGGUAAAAUCCACGCCACCGAUCAGGAUGUUUACGACACUCUAACGUACAGUCUCGUGCCCGAUAGUUCCUCCACCUCCGAAAACUCUGGCCUCUUCUCCGUCUCCCCUGCCGAUGGGAAACUCGUGGCCCGUGGGAAUCUGGAUGCUGGUCAAUACGUCCUUAACAUUACAGUGACAGAUGGUCGCUUUACCGCAGCUGCCCGUGUCAAUAUUCACGUACGGCAGGCAACGGCGCAAGCGCUCGAUAACUCCAUUGCGGUGCGUUUCUCCGCAAUAGCACCAGAGGAGUUUAUUGGAGAUUAUUGGCGCAACUUUUUGCGGGCUUUGCGGAAUAUCGCCGGUGUCAGACGUGGAGAUGUACAGUUAGUCAGCUUGCAACCUGCUGCUGAUGCGUCCGGUGACUUGGAAGUACUUCUAGCUCUAGAGAGGUCAGGAAGCCCAUUCCAGCCCCAGGAAGUGGUGUACAGGAAGCUGAACGCCUCAGUUGGGGUAAUCGAAGAGAUGACUGGAGUCCGCAUUGUGCGAGUUGUAAAGAAACUCUGUGCCGGUUUGGACUGUCCGCUUAGUUACUGCCAAGAGACGGUUUCUUUGGAGACAGGAGCAGUGUCGGCCUACAGCACAGCCAGGAUUAGUUUUGUUACUCCACGUCACAUGCGCACAUCCAAAUGUCUAUGCGAAGGAGCUGAGUGUCCUGUCUUGAGUAAACUGUGUGAGGGAAGCCCCUGUCCUGAUGGCAUGGAGUGUGUAGAAGACCCCAUGAGCAGCAAAUUCAGAUGCAUCUGUCCUGAAGGAAAACAGGAUGAGUGCUCUGAGCGUCAGUCCUUGACAUUCAGUGGAAAUGGAUAUGCACGGUACAGGCUGAUGGAGAACGAGAAUAAAGAAGAAAUGAAGCUGUCCCUCAGACUGAGAACGUACUCCACCCAUGCUACUGUCAUGUAUGCCAAAGGCACAGACUACAGCAUACUGGAGAUUGUGAACGGCCGCCUACAGUACAAGUUUGACUGUGGCAGUGGACCUGGUGUGGUGUCUGUGCACAGUACCCAGGUCAGUGACGGACAAUGGCACACAGUUUCACUUGAGGUAGACGGCAACUACGCCAGACUGGUCCUGGAUCAGGUCCACGCUGCAUCCGGCACAGCUCCAGGCACUCUCCGCACCCUUAACCUAGACACCAGCAUGUUUUUUGGGGGUCAUGCGCGGCCGGCGUCCGGCUCAGGAAGACUUGUGGCAAAUGGGCUGCGGGGUUGUCUGGAGGGGAUUGUGUUUAAUGGGAGGGAGCUGCCACUGUCUCAGGUUCGAGGGGUUCACUCAGUGCUGGAGGAGUUGGUCGAAGCGGCUCCCGGAUGCAGCUUAGCUCCUCCAGUCCAGGGAUGCUCCAGUAACCCCUGCACCAAUGGAGGCACAUGUUCAUCUCUGCCUAAUGGAGGAUAUUUCUGCAAGUGCACUGCUGCGUUCAUGGGUACUCAUUGUGAAGUUACUAUCAGCCCCUGUGCUUCUAAUCCCUGCCUCUAUGGAGGCACAUGUAUCCCACAAGGAGGAAACUUCUACUGCCAGUGCAGAGGACAAUACUCUGGCCAACGGUGUCAGCUGGGUCCAUACUGCACAGAUAACCCGUGUAAGAAUAGCGGCAAGUGUAUCGAUAGCCUGGAUGGUCCUGUUUGUGAGUGUGAACCAGGUUUUCAAGGAGACAGGUGCCUCAGUGAUGUAGAUGAGUGUCUGAAGAACCCUUGUGGCAAUGGUGGUCACUGCCAGAACACAUACGGCUCCUUCAACUGUAACUGCUCCACGGGCUACAGUGGGCAGCAUUGUGAACUCCGUUCUGAAAUCCGCAACGAAUUUGUCUCCACCUCUUGGAACAUCGGCCUGGAGGAAGUAAUCGGAAUUGUCGUUUUCGUCGCCAGCAUCUUCCUCCUUGUCCUACUCUUCGUAGUGAUUCGGAAGCGCAUUUGUCGGCGCUCAAAAUCCAAAUCUGAUGAUGAGGACAAGCUCAGGGUUGGCUCGGGAGCCCCACACACUUUCCUUCAGCGGCCAUACUUCGACUCCAAACUCAACAAGAACAUCUACUCCGACAUCCCACCCCAGGUCCCCGUACGGCCAAUCUCCUACACACCCAGCAUUCCAAGCGACUCCCGCAACAAUCUAGACCGCAACUCCUUUGAGGGCUCGACCAUACCAGAACACCCAGAAUUCAGCACAUUCAACCCUGACUCUGUGCAUGGGCACAGGAAGACAGUGGCUGUCUGUAGUGUAGCACCUAACCUGCCACCUCCCCCACCCUCCAACUCAGUGUCUGACAGCGACUCCAUACAGAAGCCCAGUUGGGAUUAUGACUACGAUGCUAAAGUAGUGGACUUGGACCCAUGUCUAAGUAAGAAACCAGUGGAGGACAGUGCCUGCCACCCUUACAACACCAGAGGCAGCAUGUCUGAGGUCCACUCUCUCAGCUCCUUCCAGUCCGAGUCCUGUGACGACAAUGCUCCCAUUUGGAUCAAAUCUCACCACAGACACCGAGCAAGGUUUUAAAUAGAGGCCUGCUCGUAAGUGAACACUCGCCCACGGUGAAAGGAAGCGAUCACUAAAGGCCCUGUGAAAUUCUCAAUGCAUAAAAAGAAGAAAGCGUGUCUUCCCUCCAAACCCCUUCGUCUUUUUCUUUUGCAGUUUCUCUCGGCAGCUUCUCAUAAGUUUUUCAUCAGUUCAAGGCAACAUCUGUGAAUGACCUAUAUAGUGUAUCUAUUAGUUCUCUGUGUGGAAUUCAUGUUUUGGAUCUGUUCUCUUUUUUUCCCCUUAUCUUUGUUUCUCUUAAUGAAGCCAAUGGAUGGUUGAAGACAUCAGCUCAGAGUGUAAAAGCAGGGUAUGAAAAGUACACAUGAUGGGUCUGUUGAUCCUGAUAACUAUAUCUGAAGGCCCUUUCACAUGACUUGUGGCAGCGUUCCCCGGUGCGUUGAACUGAAGGGAACAAACCGUCAAAUUUGUACCCUAGGCACUGUGUUGCAGUCAGGUUGAACAUUGUAACACAGUGUUUAAAGUACAAACAAAUUUCAGCUUUGAACCAUUUGCUGCUGACCUUUCAUAGCAAAGCAAAUUGUUAACAGACGAAUUAUAAAGAUGUCAUUAUGAGGCUGGUGUCAGUGCAAAAAUGAAAACAAGAUAAAAGAGAGACUGAUUAAGUGCAAAUCUAGUCAAAGCUGUGUACAUCAUCAGACUCAGUAAAUAACCUUCAUAUUAUGCACGUUAGAUAUUGGUUGAUCAAAGCGGCGAAUGAUGCAUGUGCUUAGAAGUGCGUUGAAGGUAGGAAUGCGUAAGCACGGCAGUGUUAUUUUAGGAUUAUUUAUAUAAUAUAGUAUUUAUUCAUAUUUUGAAUUGGCUUUUAUUUUAUGUUUUAUUAGUUUUAUGUGUCUUUUGUCCAUUUUAUUAGUUUUUGUUUUAUUUAAAUAUUCCUAUGUAUACUUUUUAUUUCAAUUUUAGUUUGUCAUUUUAUUACUUAUUUCUGUUAUAGGUCGCAAGGCAAGCUUUUCAUCUAAUAUUUCCAUUUUAUUUUUUAAUAUUUGUUAGUUUUAGUUAACAAUAAAAACACUGCAGGAUGGUCUGUUAGCGAGUUUAUCCAGUUUCUAGAUUCAGUUUUUUGUUUUGUUUUAAUAUUUUCCUUUUUUAGCAGUUAGAAGUGAAAGAAUUUACAAUUCAUAGUAGGUAACUGUUCAUUUUAAAACAUACACGGAAGUUACAUCUCUCAAUUCAUCCCAUUUUAAGCAUCGUCACUAUAACCAUCCAAAAAACAAAAAACAAAAACAAACAAACUGCCCAAAAAAGUUCUAUUCACUCCAUUCAGCUGUUUUUGAAUUCAUAAGCACAUCCUGUGUGACUGCCGCUAAAGCAACAUGUCUGAUCUGUCAGUGUCUGAACCUGCAAGUGGAUUUUGAUUUGUAGUUUCGAACACCCCUAGGUGAAGUCAUGUGAAAGGGACCUAAAGUCAUCUAACCACUGAAUCUGACCCUUAACUGACCUUUUCAACCCCUGAUCUUGCCCUAAAAACUGCCCCAAUGGAUCUCGGAUAUAUACUAAUGCAUUAUAUUGAACAGAUUAUCCAUAUUUCCUUAUGGCCAUGUACCCGCAUAUUCCUCUAAAGCGUCAAUCCUGCUUAUUUCAUUUUUCUCCAUCUGUUGGUUUUGGUUUGGGGCCAGAGAGUGUCUUUGUUCUCUUUUAUCUUUGAGAAUUUUCCUGAUCCUUCCUUCCAUCUCUCUGUUAAUGUUUGUAAUCAUGAGCACAACGUCAGUUCUCACUCCCACUGUCCUCCACCAGAGCUCAACCCAGACGUGUGCCUUACCGACACAACCAAAUCCCUCUGCCAUUCUCCCAUCCCUCAGAUCACACCCAAAAUCCCAUAAAACCAGAGUCAGUAUUUGUUGUUCAAAGUGCUGGUAAAUCAAAUCAAAUCCAUCAGUUUUGUCAGAUGUCAGAAUGCAAUGUCUCAUCGUAAGAAACGCUUCUGUCUAUCCGUUUCCUCUCUCCCUCGCUCUUCCAGUGUUUCUUUACUGUCAUGUUUACUUCUGAAAAAUUAAUGUUAGAUUUCUUUUAUCUGCCCUUCU